AUGGCGUCAGAGCAGCUGCAAGCCCUGCCUGAUGCGCACCCGGGGCUGGCAGGCGAGAGCAUUGAGAAGGGCAAAGGAGAUCGCUACAACAUCCAUGUCUCCAAUGCAAAGGGAUACCUGUGCCACAUCCACAUGGAGUCCAAGUAUGAGUGUCCACCGGAGAUGCUGUUUGCAAUAUUCACAAACCCAGACAACACGGGCGUCUUCAGGGAUAUAAAGAAGCGCGGCAAGCGCAAAGUGCUCGAGUUGGACCCAGCCGGCCGGAAGAUUGUGGAGCAGAUUGGGGAGGCGAAAGUGCUGUUCAAGAGCCGCGAGUUCACGACGCUGCUGAAGGUGGACGAGGACGCGCGAAACCCUGAGAAGCUGCUCACUGCAUUCACCCUCAUCCGUUCUGACAUUCUGAGCCGCUUCAACGGCUGCUGGUCGAUGAGUCCCAUAAGGAAUGCUGAGGGGACUGAAGUGGUGGGCACAGCCGCCACCCUGGAACAGGACAUCCUCCCAGCAGGCGCCCCUGAAUUCCUGAAGCAUGUGCCGUUGCUGGGCAAUGCGCUGCGCGGCAUCUGUGUGCGCGCAGUCAAGCGCAUGGUCGAGGAUCUGGAUAAUGUUCUGGACAAGGUGAGGGCAGGAACGCCGCUGGACGACAUCCUCAAGCCGCCGCAGCCGGUGUCAUCGCAUGUGCUCGAUUUUGAUGACUUCAGCGACGGCGAGGACGCUGAUGUCAGCGACGGCCCCCCAUCCGUCCAAAAGGCGGACGGCUCUGAGAACCACAGCCUCGACAGCGCUGCAGCGAGCGAGGCAAAGGCUGCAGCAGUGAGGAGCGCGUCUGCCCCUCAGACCACAGCAGGACACACAAAUCCACUCGAUGAUGGGCACAGCAUGGAUAAGGCUCCUGGGGAUUUCUGGGACAGGCAAAGCUGGCCCAGUCCCUCUAAGCAGCGGGCCGGCGAAUGCCCCAACUGA